UAUUAUCUUGUGUUAAAAAUGUCAUUUAAUUCACCUCCAGCGGAUGAAAUGUUUUUAAGACAGGUUUUUGAAUCUGUUGAUAGAGACAGAAGUGGACACAUUUCUGCUAAUGAACUACAACAAGCUCUUUCUAAUGGUACCUGGAAACCUUUUAAUCCAGAAACUUGCCGACUGAUGAUUGGCAUGUUUGAUAAGGGCAACACUGGCACAAUUAAUUUCCAUGAUUUUGGAGCAUUAUGGCGUUAUGUGAAUGACUGGCAGGCUUGUUUUCGAUCCUUUGAUCGAGAUGGGUCAGGAAACAUUGAUAGUUCAGAAUUAAAUACAGCACUAGUUUCAUUCGGCUAUCGACUUUCCCAACCGACUGUUAAUAUUAUGUUACAGAAGUUUGAUCGCCUUGGAAAAGGCACUAUUUUUUUCGAUGAUUUCAUCCAGUGCUGUAUAGCUCUUCAUACUCUCACAGAAGCCUUCAGACAACAAGAUACUGACCAGGAUGGAGUCAUCACUCUGCAUUAUGAGCAGUUUAUUUCUUUGGUUUUUACAAUAAAAACAUAAUAUACAAUUUUAUCAUUACUUAGAUCUGGUUUCAAUUUAUUUUUAUCAAAUCUUUGUCUUUUGUGAUAUUCCUCUUAAUUAUUCCAUUCAUUAUUUUAUUUUUAUAUUAUGGAUUUGUAGGUUAUGGAUAUCAUUUCUAUACAUUUUCUAUAUGCUCAUGGUUAUCUAAGCUGCUUAAUACUAGCUGUCUUUGAUUUGGUUCUUGCCUGGUUAAUUAAUGUUCUAAAUAUGAUCAUUAGUCUAUUCUUUUUAAAUUACUUUAUUUAUACUAUACAAUAAUUUUCAUUAAAUAUUUUGUAAAGGGUAUGUAAUUUUCAACAAAAUAAAAUUCUAAAAAUGAUAUUUUGUAGUACCUGUACAUAUAUAUAUAAA